GAAGAGGAGCAAAGCAUUACGAACACAGAGGACAGAGGCGAUGGGUCAAUAGUCACCCUAGAUAUGGUAGGUCUGGUAGUAGGUAUCGCCGUAGGACUCGGAUCCCUCUAUGUUAUGUGGUGUAGUCGUCAGGAAAAGGACGAGAAGCCCGAGGAAGAUAAGAUUGUAGAGAAGUCGGAACCUGUUGUUAUCACACCAAAGGUUCCUGACUUGUUUGACUAA